UUAAUAGGUAUUAACUAUAUAAUAAGUAAUAACAUAUGUCAGUUUAGUAAUAAAAUAGAUUUUGUACACAUUUUGUAUUACUAAAUAUAUGAUAAUAAUUAAUAUUCUAUAUUGCGGUGACAGCCGCGUAAAUCGUGAUACUGGUGUAAAAAAUGAAUUUGGAUAAAAUGCAAUAAUAACAUAUUAUUUAUUAUCACUAUGCGCACUUUUCUUUCAAGUUUUAACAUAGUUAUAUAUUGAUGAGAUAACCGAUCGUUGAAUUAUUAAAAACGCCUGUAAUAACUCAGUUAUUAGCAUGCCUUUACAAGCAGUAAAUGUACGUUAAAAUGUCAAAAGACGACCUUGAUGUUCUUUGUAUUUUAAAAACUAGAAUUUCUUCGACCUAUACUUUACUGGAAAGCCGUCAUGUGUGGUAUAUUUUGUUCGUUUGUUAAGGGACCAGACGUGUGCAAUGAGUUUAAUAAAUGUAGGUCAGCAUUGCAAAAGAGAGGACCUGAUGUGUACUCAACACAUGAAAUUGUUGUCAAUAAUUACACGGGUCAAUUUUCUGGUAACACGUUAUGGAUUCAAGGAGAGUGUCCGACCAAACAGCCGUAUAUAGAUAACAAAGGUAACAUACUAUUAUGGAAUGGCGAUGUUUACAAGUGGAAUUUACCCAUAAAUGCCAGUAUUAAAGACAGCGACACUAAAAUUAUAUCAGACUUUCUGUGUAAUGGAGGCAAUAUGGAAUUACUUGUUACUUCUAUACGAGGACCUUAUUCUAUUAUUUACUAUGACUGUGAACAGCAAGUUUUGUGGGUGGGAAGAGACCCGAUUGGACGCAUUAGCUUAUUAUGGAACAUCGAAGCAAAUAAAAUAGUGAUUACAUCUGUUGCUCACAAAGAUAUGGCCAACUUAGAAGAAGUUCCUGCAAUUGGGUUAUUCAAAUUUGAUUUGAACUCAUGCAAUCUUAAAAAACCUCAACUAUUGCCAUGGUCCCAUAUACGUCAUGACUGUGAUUUCAAUAUUACAAAUGAAUUAGAAUUCUUUAAACACAUAGAUAUUCAAAUUUCAGACCCGGAAGAUUUUAUCCUGUGUUCUAAUUCUCAAUUAGAAAUGUCGGACUUACUAUUGGAUCAAGAGUUAAAUACAAAUGUCAAUCAUCUAAUACAUUUUUUAUCACAAUCGGUUGAGAAAAGAACAACCAUAGUGCCAAAAGCUUGUAAAAUGUGUGAAUUCAAAUGUGAUCACGCCAAAAUAGCAAUUUUAUUUUCGGGGGGUAUCGAUUCAGCCAUACUAGCUUUACUAGCAUCAAAUUUUGUAGAAUUUGAUGAACCAAUUGAUUUGUUAAACGUUUCUUUUGAAAAACCAACAGACUUGGGUAAUUAUAAUUGUCCAGAUAGACAAACAUGUUUAAACACAUUGGAAGAAUUGAAAAAGCUCUGUCCUACCCGAUGUUGGAACCUAAUAGAAUUAAAUAUUUCAUAUUCAGAGCUGAAGCAAAAACGAUUAGAGACAAUCCGGCAUCUUAUUUAUCCAUUAAAAACAAUUUUGGAUGAUAGUCUUGGCUGUUCAUUAUGGUUUGCAUCCCGAGGGAUUGGCAUUUGCAAAGGAAAAUCAUAUAAAACACCUGCCAGAGUGUUGUUAUCUGGAAUGGGUGCCGACGAGCUUUUGGGCGGUUAUACAAGAUACCGUAAAAUCCUACAAAGACAAGGCUGGAAACAAUUAGGUGAAGAAUUUGAAAAAGAUUUCUUGAAAUUGCCGUCGCGCAAUCUUGGUCGUGACAAUCGUGUCUGCUGUGAUCACGGUCGUCAACUACGUACACCAUUUUUGGAAGAGGAUCUAGUAGAGUUUAUUAGAGGUCUAAUGCCGUGGCAAAGAUGUUGGCCUAAGGAUCCAUACCAGAAUAAUUUUGGUGAAAAGUUGUUAUUGAGAUUAGCGGCUUUUAAAUUAGGACUAGUAAAAACAGCAUUCCUUCCUAAGAGAGCAAUGCAAUUUGGUUCCAGAAUUGCAAAUAAUAAAGAAAACGGAAAUGACAUAAGCGAUAGGUUAUAAAUAAGACUUAUUAUUACAGUUAUUACAUUUAAUUAAUUAUUAAAUAUAUUUUAAUACUUUAAUAUCCUUAUUUCUGUAUGCAUAUUUUUAAUACUUUAUUUUGUUUUUAAUUAAUGAUAGAGACUAUUGAUGUAUUUUCUAUAAAAUAAAAAUUAAUUUAAGGAUUUUUAGACUUCAAAAGUUCAUCGACUGACCACUGACUUACUACAGUUGCUCUGUGAAAAGCUACUUUAUCGUAUGGACGAAGUUCUUUUACUGUAAAUAUUUGAAAUUUAUUUAUACCUAUAGCUUUACCUGUACACCUGUAAGAUAAUAUGAGAAUUUUAGUAUUAGGAUAGAUAAUUAUUUUUUAUUUACAUUAAUGAAACCUUACAAAACUAAUUUUCCUUGAGCGAUGGCUUGUAAUUUCCUAUCUAUUUCAUAAAAUACGCAUACUAUUGCGCAUCCUGCUUGUUGGCCACGCAAACAAAUCAUUUUCUCACAUUCUGUUUUCCCAGUUUUUAUGGAACUCAAAAUACCUAACAUAUUAACAAAUUUAAUUAAAAUCACUUAAUCGUUCUUAAAUGUAAUAUCUAUUAAAAUAUGACUUUAUUAAAAAAAAUGUGCAGUUAUCAAUUUUCUUUGUUUUGUAAAUUAAUUAUUAAUACUGAACAAAUUUGUAUUAGUACGCAAUUAAUCUUUUUUUUUAAUUAUUAUCUUACCGUACACUUGGUAUAUUAUGUCUGUGGCUGGUAAGAAAGACAAUCUUCUGCUCCAGUGUGAAAUUUGUUCAACGUUUCCAAUCAAAAGUUUCAUAUCAGAAACACCAUUGGGAUUCUAUGAAAUUUUACUAAGUAUACAGUCGUGUAUUUUAAAAAUACUUUAGUGUCAUAAUAAUAAGUAAA